AUGUACACCGAAACCUUUCGCAACACAUUUGUGUUAGAUCUGCUGGAAUAUUUUAACAUAGUUCGGAUUCUUCAGGAACCUACAGCAGCUAGUAUUAGUGAUGAUUCCCAACGCACACUGCAUGAAGCCCCAUAUAGUGACUUAGAAGCAAAUGGGAGCAAUGGUUCCAUAGAUCAUGAUGAAAGGGAAAAGAGAGAAACCGGCGGUAACAUUGAACUCGGAGGGGUACCUCAACAGAAAGAUCCCUUUUUGGUAGAAUAUACUGGCCCCGAUGACCCCGAACGUCCUGUGAAUUGGCCAUUGUCCAAAAAAGCCAUUGUAGCAUUCCAAGUUCAACUUCUUACCUGUGUUACUUAUAUGGGUACUGCAAUUUACACCCCUGGGCAGGAAGAAAUUCAAAAAGCAUUCGGAGUGGGUCAUGUUGUCGCAACUUUGAACCUAUCAAUGUAUAUCUUAGGUUUCGGGUUGGGCCCGAUGUUUUUUUCCCCAUUAUCGGAAUUUGCAAUUUUUGGUCGUCAACAGCUUUACAUCAUCACUCUGUUCCUUUUUUCCAUGUUACAGAUCGGAUGUGCGUUAGUGGAUAAUAUUGCAGGUUUAGUGAUUUUAAGAUUCAUCACAGGUAUCCUAUGUUCACCUUCCUUAUCUACAGGUGCAGCCACUAUUUCAGAAAUAGUUACACCACCGUUUGUCCCGGUUAUGAUCGGUAUGUGGUCAAUCGGUGCAGUGGCGGCUCCCGCUAUAGGUCCAAUUUUAGGUGCUGCAAUGUUAGUUGCCAAAAAUUGGAGAUUCAUGUUCUGGCUUCUCAUGUGGAUAACUUCCGGAGCACUCAUUAUCUUAUCAUUAUUCUUCCCUGAGACCUAUGAAGAAAACGUUUUAUAUCGCCGUUGCAAAAGAAUACAGAAGACUACUGGUGACAACAGGUAUUUCACUGCCAAAUCGAAGGAAGAAUCAAAAUUAUCCAUUAAAGAUAUCACCAUAAAUGCUCUUUGGAGACCUAUCGAAAUUAUUGUUAAGGAACCGAUUGUACUUGCAUUGGAUACUUACCUUGCUUUAGCGUAUGGUACCUUUUACCUGUUUUUCGAAGCAUUCCCCAUUGUAUUUUUAAGAAUCUAUCAUUUCACACCUGUUGAACUGGGAUUGUCCUACCUUGGAUUUGUGGUAAGCAGUUUCAUAGCAUAUGGGGUAUCCCUCAGUUUCUUUCGAUUAUUUUUACCUCGCAUAAUAAAGAAGGGAGAGUUUCGACCAGAAAAGCUUUUGAUUUUGGCUAUGUGGGUUUGUUGGUGCGGUCCUGCUGCACUUUUCAUAUUUGGUUGGACGGCAUCCGUACAUUGGAUCUUACCCAUUAUGUCUGAACUAUUUUGGGGUUUAUUCCUUUUCAACCUUUUCCAGGCUAUCUUCUCAUACUUAGCCAUGUCAUAUCCCAAAUACACUGCUUCAGUGUUUGCGGGCAAUGGUCUCUUCCGUUCAGGAUUCGCAUGUAGUUUUCCACUAUUUGGCCAAGCCAUGUACGAUAAUUUAGCUAUUAAAGGGUAUCCUGUAGCUUGGGGUUCUUCGCUUCUCGGGUUCAUUACAAUUGGCUUAGGCUUUCUGCCGUUCAUACUUUAUAAAACAGGACCCUACCUUCGUAGCAAAUCUUCUUUCACUGGCUAA